GAGCGGCGGGGCGGCCGCAGCGGCGCUCACCCGGCACCUGCACCCCGCGACCGCGAUGGUCGAGGCUUUCUGUGCGACGUGGAAGCUGGUGGACAGCCAAAAUUUCGACGAGUACAUGAAGGCGCUGGGAGUGGGGUUUGCUACUCGGCAGGUGGGGAAUGUGACUAAACCCACCGUGAUUAUCAGCAGUGAAGGGGACAAAGUAGUGAUCAGGACUCAGAGCACUUUCAAAAACACAGAAAUCAGCUUUAAACUUGGAGAGGAAUUUGAUGAAACUACCCCAGAUGAUAGAAACUGCAAAUCAGUUGUGACCCUGGAUGGAGACAAGCUAGUACAUGUACAGAAAUGGGAUGGCAAGGAGACAAACUUUGUUAGAGAAAUAAAGGAUGGCAAAAUGGUUAUGACUCUUACUUUUGGUGAUGUGGUUGCUGUUCGCCACUAUGAAAAAGCAUAGAGUUUACCUGACCUCUGUCCAUAUGUUACUUCUGCUGGAUGGAUUAAUGUACUGUCCAUAACUGAGCAUAGCUAAAAUGCACAUUUCUGGCAUGAAAGGUUAAUAAAAGGGUUGGGGGAAAGGGUUGGUUUUGUAGAAAAGAAUUUUUAUGCCAUCAAAUUGGCAAGCUUGUUUUGUAAAGUGCAACAGGUUAAACUUUGCAUUAAAUCUCUGAAACAAU